AUGCCUUCCACGUAUUGGGUCGAAGCUCUCCACAUGGCUUGCCAUUUGUUUAACAUUCUUCCCUCCUCCACAAUCGACAAUGACACUCCUUUUUCAAAACUUUUUCAAAAACCUGUCUCUUAUGAUCACCUCCGUGUUUUUGGCUGCCUCUGCUACCCAAAUCUUUUACCCACUUCAGCUCACAAACUAGCUCCUCGUUCUGCUAAAUGUGUCUUUUUAGGCUAUCCUUCUAACCACCGUGGUUACCGCUGUCUUGACUUGAGCACAAACAAAAACAUAUUGUCUCGCCACGUCGUCUUCGAUGAAUCCUCUUUUCCGUUUAACAAAGCUCCUCUCUCUCAAACUUCUUCUCCACCACCAUCUUCUUCUUUUCCUUUUUCAAUUCUUCAUAAUCUCCACCAUGACCCCGUCACGGAGACUCCGGCUCCUAAUCCUCCUCCCCCGGCAUCAGCUCUCUUCACACCUUCUCCGGAAGCGGCUCCUGCUCCUCCGCCUGCCCCUGCUCCUCCUCGCUAUCAAACCCGCAGCCGCAGCGGUAUCUCGAAAAAGAAAAUUAUCUUCUCUCUUCACACCGACAUUAUCUCUCCGCUCCCUCGUUCUCAUGUUCAAGCUUCCAAAGACCCUCACUGGAAUGGCGCCAUGGGAACUGAAUAUGAUGCUCAAAUAAAAAGUGGGACAUGGAAACUUGUCCCACGACCCUUAAAUGCUAACAUUGUGAAUUAUAUGUGGUUGUUUCGACAUAAGUUUGAUGCAGGUGGUCGACUAUCAAGAUACAAGGCCAGACUCAUUGCAAAUGGCAAGUCACAAGAGGUCGGGAUUGAUUGUUAUGAGACGUUCAGCCCGGUUGUCAAACCUGCAACAAUUCGGACGGUGUUACAUGUUGCUACAUCUCGGGACUGGCCCAUCCAUCAACUCGACGUCAAGAACGCAUUUCUCAAUGGUACUUUAGAUGAAGUGGUGUACAUGCACCAGCCUCCAGGCUUCGUUGAUCCUGACAAACCUGACCAUGUCUGCCUUCUACAAAAGUCACUAUAUGGCCUUAAACAAGCUCCUCGUGCUUGGUACCAAAGAUUUGCUCAAUUUGCCACCCGAAUCGGCUUCAAACAAAGCAAGUGUGAUGCUUCCUUGUUCAUCAAGCAACAAGGAAAAGAUAUUGCUUACCUCCUUCUUUACGUGGAUGACAUCGCUCUCACCGCAUCCAAUCAAACCCUCUUACGGUCGAUCAUAAACUCACUACACUCUGAAUUUGAAAUGACUGACCUUGGAAAACUUCACUAUUUUCUUGGUAUUGCUAUUAACAGGGACAGCCAUGGCUUGCACUUGAACCAACGGAACUACGCUGCCGACAUCCUUCAUCGCGCUGGGAUGUCAAACUGCAACAUCAGCUCCACACCGGUCGACACCUCAUCCAAGCUCAGUGCCGAUGCCGGAAAACCCGUAGCUGAUCCAACUCUCUAUAGAAGCCUUGUCGGCGCCCUCCAAUAUCUCACAUUCACUCGUCCGGACAUCACAUAUGCGGUCCAGCAAAUCUGCCUUUAUAUGCAUGACCCUCGCGAGCCGCAUUAUAAUGCACUUAAACGCAUUCUCCGCUAUGUCAAAGGCACUCUCGACCACGGUAUCCAGAUCACUCGCUCCUCUCUUAACAAGAUCACGGCGUAUACCGAUGCCGAUUGGGCAGGCUGCCCAACGACCAGACGAUCAACCUCUGGUUUCUGCGUCUUUCUCGGCGAUAACAUUGUCUCAUGGUCCUCAAAACGACAAGCCACAGUCUCUCGUUCCAGUGCCGAAGCAGAAUACAGAGGAUUCGCCAACGUUGUCGCUGAAACCACUUGGUUACGCAACCUUUUACUUGAAUUACGUUGUCCAGUAAGCUCAGCCACAAUCGUCUAUUGCGACAAUGUUAGUGCCGUCUACCUCUCUACGAACCCGAUUCAACACCAGCGCACAAAACAUGUUGAAAUUGACAUACACUUUGUCCGAGAGCGGGUUUCCGUCGGUCAGGUUCGUGUUCUACACGUACCUUCUUCUCAUCAGUACGCUGACAUUUUUACAAAAGGUUUACCAUCUGCACUCUUUACGUCUUUCCGAUCCAGUCUGAGCGUCCGUCCUCCUCUCGCUCCGACUGCGGGGGUGUGUUAG